AUGGAAAAUUCCCAACAUCACCAACAGCCCCAGAUGCAGCCGCAAACACAGCCUCAACCCCAGGUUCAGCAUCAACCACAGCAGUAUACCCAUCAUGCUUCAACCGGCCCCCCACCACCUAUGAUCAUGACACCUGCGUGGAUAAUUGCUAUCCGUGGCGUUCAGUUUUUCCUCGCCAUUGUGAUCCUCGGCUUGUCAGCAGCUAUCAUUCACUGGGUAUACAUGGAUGAGCUCGGCCUCGCCAUCGCCAUUCCUCUCUUCACAUGGAUCAUUGUGCUUUACGCAGUACUUUCCGAAAAGAUUUCUUCUCUCCGCAGCCUCUACCAUACCUACGCUGUCCUCGCCCUGGACCUCUUCCUGGUCAUCCUCUGGCUCGCGACUAUGGGCGCCUGCGCCGCCCGUCGCUCAACCUUCACGGUUGACGUGACAGCAUCGUGCACCUCGGAUGGCUCUGCUGUGAACUCGGGAAGUUGUACCGUGUACAAGAGGUUCAUCGUUAUGAGCCAGGGGGCAUUGGCAAUGUUCUCUGCGAUUGCAGGGCUGUCUGCUCUCCAGUUCAUUCUCUUCUUGGUAACCUUCAUCUGGACUCUAGUCCAAUUCCUGAAUUGGAGAAAGACCAACGCGCCUGCCGCUGCCGCGAGUGCUAGCCAGGGCGAGAUCCAGAUGGAGUCCAAGCAGCCGUUCCUCACACAGCAAACAGCGUACCAGCAGCCGCACAACGCCCAGGUCCCCCAGCAGCAGCAGCAGCAGCAGCAGCAGCAGCAACAAUUCUACCCGCCUCAAUCCUACACACCUCAGCCGCAGGCUGCUCAACAGUACCAACAGCAACCGCCUCAGCAGUUCCAGGAGAUGUCCAGCCAGCAGCCCCAGCAACAACAAUACCCUCAGCAGACUCCUCCGACCCAGAACUACACUCAACAGCCGCAGGAUUUUCAGCAACACCAGCAGCAGUACUCUCCUCAGCCCUAUACCCCUUCACCCGUCAACGGCACGGUUUCGCCGACGAAUUCUCCGCCCCCUCAAGGACAGACUUAUGCCUACCCCCCUCAGGAGCUUCGGUAG